AUGGUCCAGGAGGAAGCUGUGAGCCGCUUCUUCCAAGUUGUGGACCCCGACAUGGGGAUCAACCUCCGCUCUGGGCCAGACGUAUCUUCCCAACGAACUGCUUAUGUCUUAAUACCUGGUGAGGCUUUCCACGUCUGCCGUGUAGUCCGGAACGGGGAUCAGGAAUACCUUUGCCUAAGCGAUGGACGCGGCUGGGCCUUUACACGCAGCCCCAAAACGGGAGUGGAGGUUUGCGCCAGAUGCUCUGAUGAGGAAGUGAUGCAAGCCGGAGGCACAGCCCUGGAUCAGGUGGAGGCAAUGUUGAGGAGCAACACAGUGCUCUGCAAGCAGCUUUUCGGCUCGGAUGGGGAGGAGCCGGCCGAGGAUGCCCUCAAACAGAUGGCCAAGAGAGUGCUGCUAGCGAAAGAGGAGAUGCCCACCGAGACAGUCGGCUGA